AUGCGUUCCUCCAUUCUCGCUCUGGCCCUGGCCCUCGCCGGCCAGCAGGUCGCUGCGCAGGUGCCUGCCGGCUUCGCCACGACCAAGGGCAACAAGUUCCAGGUCGACGGCAAGGAUUUCAUCUUCGCCGGUAGCAACGCCUACUACUGGCCCUUCAAUGUGUGGGGCACCGACCACUACUCGGACGUCGUCGUCGGCAUGGACGCCGCUCUCGACGCUGGCCUCAAGGUCAUCCGAACCUGGGCCUUCCACGACCAGAACGCCACGACCAUCUCUGGUGGCCUGCCCCGCUACGGCACCGGAGGUGAGGCGACCAUCUUCCAGAAGUUCAACGCCGAUGGAACCGUCACCAUCGACCUCAAGCUUCUCGACAUUGUCGUCAAGGCUGCCGAGGACACUGGCAUCAAGCUGAUCCUGGCCCUCACCAACAACUGGGCCGACUACGGCGGCAUGGAUGUUUACACCGUCAACCGCGGCGGCCGCUACCACGACGAUUUCUACCGUCUGCCCGCCAUCAAGACGGCCUUCAAGAACUACGUCUCCACCGUCGUCGGCCGCUACAAGAACUCCCCGGCCAUCUUUGCCUGGGAGGUGGCCAACGAGGCCCGCUGCGGCGCCGAUGGCACCCGCAACCUGCCCCGCGGCCCGGCCUGCACGACCGACCUGAUCAUCGACUGGCUCGACGAGAUGUCGACGUACAUCAAGUCCAUUGACGCCAACCAUCUCGUGACCACUGGUACCGAGGGCCACUUCAACCGCGCCUCCUCCGACUGGGCGUACAACGGCUCCGACGGCAACGACUUUGACGCCGAGCUCGAGCUCCCCAACGUCGACUUUGGCACCUUCCACUCGUACCCCGACUGGUGGUCCAAGACGCCCGCCUGGACCGAUACCUGGAUCGUCGACCACGCCGUCGCCGCCCGCGCCGCCGGCAAGCCCGUCAUCCACGAGGAGUACGGCUGGCUCACGCCCUCGAAGCGCCAGGAGUACCUCGGCCAGACCAGCCCCUUCGGCCGCGUCGAGGUCCUCUCGCGCUGGCAGGACAUUUCCCUGCGCGAGGAGAUGCCCGACCUCUACUGGCAGUUUGGCUUUGGCGGCUACUCGUACGGCAAGAACCACGACGACGGCUUCACCAUCUACCUCGAGGACGCCGAGGCCCAGCCCCUCGUCUUCCAGCACGCCGCCCGCGUCAACGCCCUCUACGGCAGCCCCCAGCCCACGACCACCGUCGCCCCGCCGGCGCCCACGACCACGAGCCGGCCCGCUACCACCAGCACCUCGAGGCCCGCUACCACCAGCACCUCCAGGCCUGCUACCACGACCAGCACCGUCGCCCCGCCCACCACCACCACGGCGCCCGCCGGCCCGACCCAGGUCCGCUGGGGCCAGUGCGGCGGCCAGGGCUGGACCGGCCCCAAGGUCUGCGCUGCGCCGUACACGUGCCAGGCGCAGAACGCUUGGUACUCGCAGUGCCUUUAA